ACAGCCGCCAGUAUGGCCUCCUCCACUAGGCUGCCCGCCGACUGUUCGCGCCGGCUGGUGGCCGAGCUGCGGGGCGCGCUGGACGCCUGCGCCGAGCGGCAGAGGCAGCUGGACCGGAGCCUGCGCGUCUGCCGGCGGCUGCUGAGGGCCUGGGAGCCAGCAGGACCGCCAGCUGCGGAACCAACCCCAGGGCCAGAAUCGAAUGGAGACCCAUCUCCAGCAUGCACACCCAGCCCUCAAGAUCUCAAGGAGCUGGAGCUCCUGACCCAGGUGCUGGAGAAGGCUGUACGGGUGCGAAAAGGUGUCUCUAAGCCUGCAGAGAGAGACAAAGCCCCCAGCCUAAAACCCAGGACUGUGGCCACCCCUCCUGCCACCACGACCUCGGCCCCACCCCAGGCCCCAGGUCAGGCUGGCAGCCGUACACCAGAGACGAGACCCCCCAGGAGGAUCCGCCAGUCCAAAGUGCUGGCCAAGGGCCACCCGGAGCGCAAGCUUCUGUCCACUAGGGAGAAGACCUCUCUGGGGAGAGGAGCCCAAGCCACCAGCCCCAGCCCUGGGGACCAACAGGUGACCCCAUCGGCGGCUCCUCGGGCCCCAGAAGCUUUCACACUCGAGGAAAAAGGGACCCUGCUGCGACUGCCGGUGGCUUUCCAGAAGGCAGCUUCCCAGAACGCUCGUCUGUGGGCCCAGAUCGACUCCACACGGACCAGUGACUCUGCUAAUGCCGCGACCAGAACCAGAUUCCUGCAGAGGAUGCAGGCAGCCUCAGGCCGGCCCAACAUGGGUCUCAGUGCGGCCGCGGUGGAGGCAGAGGUGGGGCGCCUGCGGCAGGCCUGCUCACUGCUGAGACUGCGCAUGGGGGCUGAGCUGGCAGCAGCCCCCGCCGGCUGGGUGCAGGAGUACCGCUGUCUGCUUAUCCUGGAGGGGCUGCAGGCCAUGGCGGGGCGGUGUCUCCAACGGCUGCAGGAGCUACACGAAGCCGUGACUGAACAGCAUCUGGAGCUGUGGCCCUCGGGGAUGCCCCCUAGGGCCUCAUCCCUCUGUGGAGGAGGCACGGAUGCUGCCUGGAGCCCCCAGCCGCUCCUAUACUCCAGCACCCGGGAGCUGCAGACCCUGGCGGCCCUCAGACUCCGUGUGGCCAUGUUGGACCAGCAGCUCCACCUGGAAAAGGUCCUGAUGGUCGAGCUCCUCCCCUUGGUGAGGACCCAGGGGCCAGACUGCCUGGCCCUGUUCCGGGCUGUGUACAGCCUGCUCUGCAACGGAGGCCAGCGCUUCCCCAUGGUCCUGCGGGAUGAGCCUGCAGACUGAGCCCUGCCUGGAGCCUCCGGACCUGGGGCACUGCCAGCCGGGUCUGGCCCGAGUCGGCCUCCCUAGCUGGAGUUACAGGGAUUGAGGGAAAAAUUUGGAAUUUCACCAGGGCAGAUGGGCCCGGGGCCUCCCUGUGAAAGGGGGCUGGGGAGGUGGUGGCCACGGUGUCCCACAUCCAGGCCCUUCCUGGGCUAAGAGCCUUCUUAGCACGGUGACACCUGCUGGUCUGAGCCCCGCCCUGCCUUUCUGAGUGUGGGGGGACGGAGGCCAUGCAGAGCCUGCUUUCUCUCACUGUAGAGUUACAAGCCACUGUGUGACAUUAAAUCCUUUAAAAAGUGUAUUUACAAAGGAUCACCACGGGACUUGGGAGUAUUGUAUUUUUUGCUGCAUUGUCUGUCUGUCUUUCUCAAGAAUUAUACAUCCCUUCUGUACUAAAAAGAGAGUAAGGGGCCACUCAGGGUGGGCUGCACCACAGAAUCGCCAUCUGGCAUCGCCCAAGCACACCGGAAGCCUAUCC